GCAUAAUCAUCCCAAAGUGUUAUGGCUAGCCCGAAAAGUACAGCAACUGAAUAUUGUGCCAUUGAUAACCUCGACAAAGCGAUGGCUGCCGGCCGAGCUAACACGGAGGUAACCCUAACCUGGCAAAACUUGACCAUAGCAUCCCAGACGAAGUCUGGCAGACGGCAGUUUCCGGUGCUGGACGACAUCAGUGGUACGCUGCAACCCGGCACGCUGGUCGCACUCAUGGGCCCGAGUGGGGCCGGCAAAACAACUUUGAUGUCAGCCCUCGCCUACCGCAUGAAUGACAAACUGAGCGUAACCGGAGAUAUUAGAGUGAACGGGCGUCCCAUCGGACCGUACAUGUACGACAUCAGCGGUUACAUCUACCAGGACGAGCUGCUGCCCAACUCGAUCACCGUCCAUGAGCAUCUGCAGUUGAUGGCCAACCUGAAGCUAGGUACACGCGUAUCGGCCGAACACAAACGGAUCAUGAUCGCGGACAUCCUCUCCAAAACUGGGUUGGAAAAGUGCGCCCACACGAAAAUCGAAAGUGCCCCCGGAAUCGGUAAGACGCUGUCGGGUGGCGAGAAGAAACGGCUAGCCUUUGCGGUGGAGCUUCUGUCCCGGCCAAAGUUUCUGUUCUGUGACGAACCGACGACGGGACUGGAUUCGUACAGUGCGCGGCAGCUGGUCGAGAUGAUGAAAACUCUGACCCGCUGUGGGACAAUUGUGCUGUGUAGCAUCCACCAGCCGGCCGAAAAGCUGCUGUACGAGUUUGACAGCCUGAUACUGCUGACGAGCGGGAUGACCGGGUUCAUGGGCACUCCAGAUGAGGCGGUGCAGUUUUUCCGGCUUCAGGGUGUCGAACGCGAGGCCGGCUAUAAUACGGCCGAUUUUCUCAUCAAGGUGUUGUCCAGCCCAAUCCCCACAACCAAGGGCAACAGGUUUACGACGGAAGCCGUCUGUCCGAGGACGAUCUGCAACAGCUACGCCGUGAGCGAGGCAGCACGCCGCCAGGAGGCGUUGAUUAGCGCAGAGCUGUACAGGGCCGCCGUGGAAGGAGAAGCUGACACGUUUCGCAAACAGCUGCUGGGCAAGGAGCGUGGCCCGUGCUGGUUCUACACGCUGUAUUGGCUGAUGUACCGUCACAUGCUGCAAACGCACCGGAACCCUAACCUACAGUAUUUUAAAAUCAUCCAACGCAUAGCGAUUGCGGUCGUCGUUGGACUAUGCUUUUCGGAUGCGAUCGAGCUGUCACAACGGGGUGUUCAGGCGAUGCAGGGCGUCAUUUUCCUCAUUGUGUCCGAGAACACGUUUCUGCCGAUGUACGCCGCCCUGUCGCUUUUUCCGGAGAGCUUUCCGCUGUUUCAGCGCGAGAAAAAAGCCAACCUGUACAGCACGGCUCAGUUCUACAUCUCAAGUAUCCUGUCCAUGAGUCCUUUCAUCCUACUGGAGACAUGCGCCUUCAUACUGAUCGUGUACUUCCUGGCUCAUCUGCGACCGACUCUACUGGGUCUCGUCGUCACGGUUGCCGCCUCCGUGCUGGUGAUGAACGUGUCCAUUGCAUGUGGUUGCUUUUUUUCCAUCCUGUUCCCAACGGUCGCGUCCGCGAUGUCUUACUUGGUACCGUUCGAUUACAUCUUGAUGAUUACUUCGGGAAUAUUUAUCAAAAUUUGGUCCAUGCCGCUUUACCUUCGCUGGAUGCCGUUCAUAUCCUGGAUGAUGUUUGCCAGCGAAGCCAUAUCUAUUGCGCAAUGGGACGGUGUAUCUAGCAUCGAAUGUUCUAACAUCAUACCAAGUGUUUGCUUGCAUAAUGGUGAACAGGUUCUGGACCAAUACUCGUUCCGAAGCAACCACCUGAGGACGGACUUUGUGGCACUCGUAGGGCAGUACUUCAUGUUCCAUACACUUGCCCUGUUGUGCUUGGCGAGGCGAGUGUCACGGAAUUGAGAGGUAGUAAGUGUCGCGUAAAAAACUUCUAA